CCGGAGGAGACAGGAAUGAGGGUGAACAAGAAAUACUCUUGUCUACCUGCAGAGGAGAAGGGGAUCCACAUUAUCAACAUCCGAGCUAUUGAGGAUAUAGGAUAUGACCAGCAUGAGAGUACAUUACUAAAUUCCCUAUCCAAAAAUCCAGAUGCUGACUGCAAAUACGGACUCUACUUCAGAGAUGGCAAGAGAAAAGUAGACUACAUCCUAGUUUAUCAUUACAAGAAGUCUUCAGCAGGGAGGACACUCACCAGGAGAGUUCAUCACAAUGAUUCAAGUGCCCGAAGCACCAAGCAGGACCAGCCGCUUCCUGGGAAGGGAGUGCAGCUGGAAAUGGGAGGAAGCGAACCUCAUGUAGAUUACCACGAAGACGACAAGAGGUUUCGCAGGGAGGAGUACGAAGGGAACCUCGUGGAGGCUGGCCUGGAACUGGAACGCGAUGAGGAUACUAAAAUCCAUGGGGUUGGAUUUGUAAAAAUACACGCACCGUGGAAUGUAUUGUGUCGAGAGGCAGAAUUUCUUAAGCUCAAGAUGCCCACAAAAAAGAUGUAUCAGAUCAAUCAGACCCAUGGUCUUCUGAAAAAGAUUAACUCUGUAAUUCAAAAAAUAACAGAGCCCAUCCAGCCAAAAGUAGCAGAACACAAACCUCAGACGGUGAAGCGCCUCUCCUACCCCUUCUCCAGAGAGAAACAGCACCUAUUUGAUUUGUCUGACAGAGAUUCCUUCUUUGACAGCAAAACGAGAAGCACUAUAGUUUAUGAAAUAUUGAAAAGAACUACAUGUACCAAAGCAAAAUAUAGCAUGGGGAAAGGAGAGGGAAGAAAGAAGGAAACUACCCUUUUAAAUAAAAGACGAAAAUGUGGUAAAUAUGGGAUCACCAGUCUGCUUGCCAAUGGAGUUUACAGUGCUGCAUAUCCUUUGCAUGAUGGUGACUAUGAAGGUGAAAACGUUGAACCUAAUGACAGAAAACUCCUGUGUGAGGAGUGGGCGAGCUAUGGAGUCUUUUACAAAUAUCAGCCAAUUGACCUGGUGAGAAAAUACUUCGGAGAGAAGAUUGGACUAUAUUUUGCCUGGCUGGGAGUUUAUACACAAAUGCUUAUUCCAGCUUCAAUUGUAGGGAUUAUUGUUUUCCUAUAUGGCUGUGCAACUGUGGAUGAGAAUAUACCAAGUAUGGAAAUGUGUGACCAGAGAAACAAUAUCACCAUGUGUCCCUUAUGUGACAGAACGUGCAGUUACUGGAAGAUGAGCUCUGCUUGUGCGACUGCUCGCGCAAGUCAUCUGUUUGAUAACCCUGCAACUGUCUUCUUCUCAGUUUUCAUGGCUCUCUGGGCUGCCACCUUUAUGGAACACUGGAAGAGAAAACAGAUGCGUCUCAACUACAGGUGGGACCUGACUGGGUUUGAAGAGGAGGAGGAGGCAGUCAAGGAUCAUCCAAGAGCAGAAUAUGAAGCUAAAGUUUUAGAAAAAUCACUGAGGAAAGAACACAAACAUAAAGAGACAGAUAAAGAAAAGCUGACGUGGAAGGAUCGUUUUCCAGCCUAUUUAACCAAUUUUGUUGGCAUUAUCUUCAUGGUUGGGCUGACGUUCGCGAUAGUGUUCGGAGUCAUCAUAUACAGGAUCUCGACUGCAGCGGCGCUGGCAAUCAGUUCAACUCCCUCAGGCCGGUCAAGCGUUAGGGUCACCGUCACUGCCACCGCAGUCAUUAUCAAUUUGGUCGUCAUCAUCAUCCUGGAUGAAGUAUACGGCUGCAUCGCAAGGUGGCUAACUCAGAUCGAGGUGCCAAAAACUGACAAGAAUUUUGAAGAGCGGCUGAUUUUUAAGGCUUUCCUGCUGAAAUUUGUCAAUGCCUACACACCCAUUUUCUACGUCGCUUUCUUCAAAGGCCGAUUUGUUGGACGUCCAGGAGACUAUGUCUACAUUUUCCAUUCUUUCCGAAUGGAAGAGUGUGCUCCAGGCGGUUGCCUAAUGGAGUUGUGUAUCCAGCUUAGUAUUAUCAUGUUGGGCAAGCAGCUGAUUCAGAACAAUUUAUUUGAGAUUGGCAUCCCAAAAAUGAAAAAAUUUAUACGAUACAUGAAAUUAAAGCGUCGGCGUUCUUUAGACCAUGAAGAGCACAUGAAAAAAAAGCAGCGUUAUGAAGUGGACUAUAACCUGGAGCCUUUCGCUGGCCUGACCCCUGAAUAUAUGGAAAUGAUUAUUCAGUUUGGGUUUGUAACUUUGUUCGUUGCAUCCUUCCCGCUGGCGCCUUUGUUUGCUUUGUUGAACAACAUCAUUGAAAUUCGUCUAGAUGCAAAAAAGUUCGUUACUGAGCUGAGGAGACCGGUAGCAGUCAGAGCAAAGGAUAUAGGAAUCUGGUAUAAUAUCCUCAGAGGUAUUGGAAAGCUUGCUGUCAUAAUAAAUGCAUUUGUGAUCUCAUUCACAUCCGACUUCAUUCCACGCCUCGUGUACCUGUAUAUGUACAGUGAGAAUGGCACCAUGCAUGGCUUCGUGAACCAUACACUAUCCUCUUUUAAUGUCAGCGAUUUUCAAGCAGGAACAGCUCCCAACGACCCCAUGGAUCUUGGCUACGAGGUUCAGAUAUGCAGAUACAAAGAUUAUCGAGAACCCCCCUGGUCCGAAAACAAAUAUGAUAUUUCAAAGGAUUUCUGGGCUGUCCUAGCAGCAAGAUUAGCAUUUGUGAUAGUUUUCCAGAACUUGGUCAUGUUUAUGAGUGAUUUUGUUGACUGGAUUAUCCCAGACAUUCCCAAGGACAUUAGUCAGCAGAUUCAUAAAGAGAAAGUUCUCAUGGUGGAGGUCUUCAUGAGAGAAGAGCAAGGAAAGCUGCAAAUGCUAGAAACCUGGAAAGACAAGGACAAGAAAAAAGGUGAAAACUGUAACAAUCACAGCCCCAGACUCUCCAGGAGCCAUAGCGGGAGCUUGUCCUCCUGCCAUUCAUAUCCUCUUGACGUAUAG